AACAACCUCUUCUGCCAUCUCUGCAUAGCGCCAUGGUUCCACUCAGGCUCUUGGUGAUUCUUUUGGCUCUGGCUAUCUCUGACCUCCACAGCCUGACCUGGUUUGUAAAUGUCUCCGAGAGCGAGGGCCCAGGUACUAUCCUGCAGGUGUUCACCUUCAACUGCUCCUCCAACACGCCCACUCUGGAGUUGCUCCGUGUGCAGCCGCCCACCACCUUUUUCAACACACCCAGCCUUGCUGGGCGUGAAGGGAUCUAUGUGGCAAAGGUGACCUUGAGCAGCUCAGCUCGGCUGGAUGCCCUUGCAGUGAACCACUAUGAGCUGCAGCUGAAAUACACAUGUGGAAACCUUAUGGAGGAGGCAUCACUCUAUUUGGAUGUGUACCGAGAUCCUGGCCAUAUCCAGUGUGCUGGUAGAUUUGUUAGCCCAGCUGGGGAAAUCAUUCAGGUGCCAGAGACGGUCAGCCCUGGAGCCCUGCUGUACACACUGCUUUUCCCAGGCCUGGAAAUCCAGGGAGCACAGAUGAACAUUACCAGUGCUCAGGACCCUCCAUACUUUCCCGGACCUUUCUCUAUCGAUGAAAAGGGCUUGCUGCGGGCGCCAACCCAGGGCCUCAAAGGCCAGGCUCAAAAGGUUUUCCAGCUGCAGAUCUCAGUGACCUUUGGACAAGGCCAAAGCUGCAAAGGGAUGCUGACAGUGAAGGUUUUGCCUGUUCAUUUCAGCCAGGUUUCCUUUCUAAAGAAGACCCAGGAUAUCAUCAUACAUGAGAACCUUGGCCCUGGCAGCGAGGUGAUUCAGGUGCAGGCUACGGGCUUUGAUUUGCGCUAUGAAAUCUGCUCCCCUGUGCCCAGCCCACUCUACUCCAUUGGACGAGUUGAUGGGGUCGUGCGGACCACCAUGCCGCUGGAACUGGCAGGCACCCUGAGUGCAGGAGUGGUGAGCACAAAGCUUUGCGUGAAGGCCUUUGAGCAGCUGCGGCCAUGGGCCAGUGCUAAGUUGAUCCUCACCGUGAAUGUGCAGCCUGUCAACCACUGGCCCCCUCACUGCAGCCCCACACUCCUGGUGACUGAAGUCCCUGAGGUCACACCUGUGGGCACCAUCUUGAGCACCUUCAUGUGCACUGACCCAGACUCUCCUGACACCAACCUCCACUACCAGCUGCGGCUUCACAGUCCUUUUAAUGCUGCCAGCCUCUGCCUUCAUGAUAGAGUUCUAGAGGUGAAUACCACAUUGGACUGUGACACUCCUGGAGCCUGCUUCCAGCUUGCAGCUUCUAUCCUGGUGCAUGACAGUGGUCAGCCCCAGAUGACCACUGAGGUGCCAGUACUGGUGAUGGUGACACCCGUGAACGAGUUCUCCCCAACCUGUGCCACAAGCACGUUGAGGGUUCGUGAGGAUGCACGGCCCCAUACCCUGCUGGGCUAUGUGGUGGGGACAGAUAUGGACUACCCUCAAAACAACGUUGAAUACCACACCUCCAAUGGACCUGCCAUCUUUGCUGUAGACCGUCUCUCUGGGGAAGUUCGCCUUCUAGGGCCUUUAGACUAUGAACAGCAGAGGUUGUACAUGCUCACUAUCCUCGUGAUAGACCAUGGCCAAGACUGGGACCCCACCAACCACCGUUCGGGUUCCUGUAUCAUUACCAUUGAGGUUGAGGAUGUGAAUGAUCAUGCCCCUGAGUGUGAGCCCCCAUUUCAAGAACUCACCAUCUCCACUCCCUUGGGCCAUAAUGUGGAAGUGACCAAGAUGUCCUGCCAGAUCCUCCAGGAGCCACAGCGCCUGGCCUUAUCCUACAGCAUUGUGGGAGGGAAUCAUCAGAGCCGAUUCAGACUGCAAGGGGCUGUCCUGGUGCAUAAUGACCCUGUGUUUGGAUCUCCUUGGCCACAGCAGCCCUGUACCUAUGAGUUACUGAUCCGUGUGGCAGAUGCUGGCUCCUCCAUCCCCCACCUCAGCACCACAGCCACCAUCAUUGUGCAUCUACUUCCCUGGAAGGCCAGCACAAUGGCCACCAGCACUCACAGAGCUAUAGUGCCCUCAAGAAUGAUACCUCAGCUUGUGACCGACACAGAAGUUUUCUGGCAGCCAGAGCCCUGGUUUGUGGUGGUACUGACAGUGACUAGUGCCUUUCUCCUCCUAGCUCUGGGCUGGCUUCUCAGCAAGCUGCUCUGGGGGCUGACCCAGGUACUGCAGGCACCAAGGAAGCCAGGGAAGGCUCUUCUGCUAAACAGCAUUCAAAGAAAAGAAAGAUCCAUUGAUGGGUUCAUGGAGACAUCAAGAAUGGAAAUGUCCCAGGCACCCAACAGUGUCCUAAGCUUGGAACAUUUUGAUAACAAAGCACAGGGUGCUCGUACAAGCAGAGAUUACUUGCUCAACACAUGCACAGGAACCCAGCGCUGGCUCUGAGACCAAACAGCUGCUUCACUAUAUGUAGGACUUUUUCCUUCAUGUGAUCAUGAGCUGUGAUUUC